CCACCACCCGCGGGCUCGAAUUGCUUAUUUAAUCGGUUUCUCCGGACUAAUCUGCGAAGAAUUCUCCACUCCUCCUCCACCCGCUUCCUCAGCCCUCACUCCUCAGUGUCCUCACUGCGCGUCUGCGCCGAAGCAACACCAACGCCGCACUCCAAAGCCAACCGCCUCCACCCGCCCCGUCGCCAUCGUCGUCACCUCCACGCUUCCGUUCCUCAUCCCCCGUCCCCGCACGAGACGGAACCCUAGAGGCGAGGAGCUAUAAGAGAGGGGGCGGACUCAUGGCGCCCGCGGCAGCGUCGCUCUCCGCACCCCACGCACUCGCGCGCCUCGCGUCGUCGUCUCCCGGGAGGAAGGGCGGCGGCCUGUCCGUGCACGUCGGGGCGCCGCCGCGGCCGGUGGCGUCGCUCGCAGCGGCGGCGGUGGUGGUGCCACGGGGGUGGGGGAGUGGUAGGAGGAUGGUGGCGGCCGCGGCGACGGCGGCGGAGAUGGCCCCCGCGGCGAGCGGGGAAGAGGGAAAGCCGUUCGUGGAGGAGAUGAGGGCGGUGGCCAUGCGGCUGCACACCAAGGACCAGGCCAAGGAAGGGGAGAAGGAGUCGCAGGCGCCGCCGGUGGCCAAGUGGGAGCCCUCCGUGGACGGCUACCUCCGGUUCCUCGUCGACAGCAAGCUCGUCUUCGAGACGCUCGAGGCCAUCGUCGACCGCGCCGCCGUCCCCUGGUAUGCUGAGUUCAAGAAUACUGGUUUGGAGAGAUCAGAACAACUGAAGAAAGAUCUGGAAUGGUUCAAGGAACAAGGUCACACAAUUCCAGAACCAUCUGCUCCAGGCACUACCUAUGCUUCCUAUCUGGAAGUGUUGGCCGAAAAGGACCCCCAAGCUUUUAUCUGCCAUUUCUAUAACGUGUAUUUUGCUCAUACGGCUGGAGGUCGAAUGAUUGGGAAGAAGGUAUCUGAGAAGAUUCUGAACAAGAAGGAGCUGGAGUUCUACAAAUGGGAGGGCAAUCUGUCCCAGCUGCUACAGAAUGUCCGCAACAAGCUUAACCAAGUCGCUUCUAGCUGGACCCGGGAGGAGAAGGACCACUGCCUGGAUGAGACUGAGAAGUCGUUCUUGUAUUCCGGGGAUCUCCUCCGUCACAUAUUCACCUAAGCUAAUUAACCACGGUGUCUGCACUGUCUAGUCUUGAUAAAAACACUGUAAAUACUUAAGUCCAUGUCUGUCAGACUGUUACUGGGCACUGGGCAGAGAUCGUUUACUACUCAACCAGCUGGCCUAAUUUAAUUUACCUUCAAUCAAAGUUGGCAAAAUUUAAAUAAUCCUUCAUUUUGCUCC